AUGGCUGAAAUCAAGCCCGUCCCUCCACCAAGAUCGUCCACUACGGCUAGCCAGCCUGGAGGCUCUCAGGGCACGUCGGUGAGAUACCGCAUGCCUGCUCGACCGCCUACAAUACCCGAGGACUCACAGUCGAUUGACCCACCCUCACUUCCCCGCCGACCAUCCAGUAAACAGAGCUUGUCGCCCACACGAGGUCAGCCACCUCAGCUACUUCGUCGAAGAUCUUCGAUACUCUCGGACGUGACAUCUUUCAGUGAAGACAUAAUCAACCCUUCCGCGAGCAGGCGUCGAGAGGGUGACCAUGAGGAAGCGGAGGUGACCCACUGGCAUAGCACUCCGCUCGCAUUUGCUAUACUGCCUGCAUUGGGAGGUCUACUAUUCAAGAACGGUUCGGCUUUCGUGACGGACGUAUUAUUGCUUGGGCUUGCUGCCAUUUUCUUGAAUUGGAGUUUGAGGUUACCGUGGGAUUGGUAUCAUGCUGCGCAGGAACAGCGACGGAGGGCAGAUCCGAAUAUAGCAUAUAAUGACGACCUGGAUGAGGAUGAUAUUGCGGUGCAGAUGGCAUCCUCCGCCGAGUACUCACCGAAACAGACUGCAGCCGAUGGUCAGACGAAUGAGAGUGGGGUGCAGAAUACGGAGAGGAAAGCCAAGGCCGCAGCAGAUCUUCGGGCACAAGAGAGACUCGCAUUCCUGGCCACUUUCGCCUUCCCAGUCCUUUCAGCCUACCUACUACACGUCAUCCGAGGUCAGCUGUCGAGACCGUCUAGUGGACUGAUCUCCGACUACAACCUCUCCAUCUUCCUCCUUGCCGCCGAGUUCCGACCUGCACGUCAGUUGAUUCGCUUGAUCAGUGCUCGGACAAUGCACCUCCAGCGUACUGUGUCCGGCAAUGAGGAGGGGUUUGGUAGCGAGCAAUCUCCGGGAAGCGAGUUGUCCGUUCUGCGUGCUCGCCUGGCAGAGCUUGAAGCAAAGCUUUUGGAUCAUAGUCUCAUCCCCGCCACUGUCGCAGUAGCGCAGAAAGAGGACGUGGCCGAGCUCAGCACGGAAAUGCGUAAACGCUACGAACCACGUUUGGAAGGUCUAGAGCGUGCCGUUCGACGUUACGAGAAACGCAGUACAACUCUGACGAUGAUCACUGAGCAACGCCUAAACAGCCUAGAGACCCGAUUACAAGACGCACUAAGCCUCGCAGCCGUGGCCGCUCAAUCGUCACAGCGUCGCGGGAUCUUUUCAUACUUACUCGAGACGGCUAGUGCCAUCAUCGCGUUACCGAUGAAGAUAGCGUGGUCGAUUUGUAUCUGCCCGUUCUUGGUUCUGGAGCAAGGAUGGGAGAAGCUGAGUGUUUUGCUCAGUGGGCCGGCGCCUGUGAGGAAGGAUGGGAGUGUCAAGCGGAGUCGACAUGGGUUGAAGGAGGGUGGUGCUGGUAGUUUGGAUGAGAAGCAGAGGGUGAAAGGAGGCUUACGAAAACCUGUACGAUAG